AGGUGGUCAAUAAUAGCAUCUCAAUUACCAGGGAGAACUGACAAUGAUAUCAAGAAUUAUUGGAACACCAAGCUUAAGAAGAAAAUGAUGAUGGCCGUCCAUGAUAAUAGUAAUAAUAAUAAUAUACUAUCUUCUUCAAUUCUUCAAAGGAAGCCUCCUACUCCCCCUCAUCAUGAACAAGUUACCCUUUUAUCCAUGUUGCAAAAUAAUCCAACAUCAUCAUCAUUCAUCAGCCAUCAUGGUCCUGCUGAUGGAUCAUCCUAUUCUUCAUACUCAUCAAGCCUUCUGAGUAGUGGUGGAAAUAACUCUUCUACUUCCAAUUCCAAUUCCAAUUUUCAAGGGCAAGAAAGUAAUUUGAUGGGACAUAGCAUGUUUGUGUUUGGGGGUGAAGCUACUACUAAUAGCUGCAGUUCUUCUGAUGCUAGCUGCAGCAACAACAACAACAACAAUCAUGUGAUAGAGCAUGAUCAUCAUCACCAUGGAACUUUUGUUGAUCUCUACAAUAACAAUAAUAAUGGUGGAAUAUUAUGGGGAGAAAAUCCAUUGGUGGAGGAUUAUGGCAUAGUAGAAGAAAUCAAAGAGCUAACAGCCACUACUACUAUUACUACAUCUACUGCUAAUUGUAAUAAUAACUUUUUGUUUGCUGAAAAGAAGACAGACGAAAGGGUCAUGUACUACUAUUGAGUACUAAUAUUCUAUCAUAUCAUGCUCACUUUCUUUAUUAUGUUAUUGCCUAACAAUAAUAACAUACAUCACAUUUCAUCGCUUUUU